GUACCAGCCCGCCGCCGAAGCCGCCUCCAGAGCCCAGCCGUCCGCCGCGGCCCAGCCCUCGGCCGCGGCCCAGCCUGCCGGCGCGGCCCAGCACGCCGCCGCGGCGCAGCCCGCCGUUGGCGCGGACGUGCUGGGCGCAGGGGUGCAGCUGGACAAGGGCAAGACCCGGGACCAGGUCUCGGCCGCGGUGAUGGCCGAGGAGCGCCGGCGGCAGCUCCUGGACAUGGUGGGGAUCCUGGCGGCGAAGAGCGAGCUGAGGUCGGUCCGAACGAUGCCCCGGGAGCAGCUGGCUCAGAGGGGCAGGCUCGGGGGCCGCGGGCUGCUGACCGCCAACGAUCAGGUCCUGCGCCUCGGAGGCCGCCAGCUCCUGCAGCAGCAGGACCUUGCGGAGCAGCAGCAGCGGAGCUUGCACCGGCUGGUGGAGGAGCAGAGGGCCGUCGAGGCCGAGGACUCCUCCGAGCAGCCGGUGGUGAUUAGCGACGUCGAGUCCGACUCGAGCUCGGAGGGCGAGUCGGACUCGGUGGAGACCGGUGGGGCCGACGUGGCAAGUGCCAGCACCGUCGAUGCCAGCUCCAUCGAGGAGGACGACCAGGAGCAGCCCGCGGUCGACCAGCAGCUGUCGACCGAGGAGCAGGUGACAGAGCAGCCGCCGGCCCGGGCGCUGUCGCUGCCGCCACAGACGCCAGACCCGCCGCCGCAUCCAGCCCAGGCCGACGGCAGGCCGCCACAGCCCGAGGCGCAGCUGGCCCAGCUGGUCGCGCCUCCGCCGGCCGCGCCGCCGCCGGCCGCGCCAGCGCAGCCAGAGGGCGGCGUGCGCGACGACGAGGCGGCGCGCGAGCAGGCCCAGGCGGAGGCCGACGAGGCCGCCGAGGCCGAGGCCGCCGCCGAGGCCGCGGCCUUCGCCGAGGCGGCGGCCGCUGCCGCGGCCGCCGCGGGCGCGGACGAGGCCAGGCGCCGCCGCGAGGAGGCCGCCGCCGAGGCCGCGGAGCGGCGCGCGGGGAAGGCGCGCGUGGAGGUGGACCGCAUUCUCGGCGCAUCGCCUCGGCGGCCGACGGAGGUCCUGGGGCUCGACGGCGCCGGCGGGGGGGCGCCGAGCGCGUACGCCGUGCGGCUGGCGUACAGGCGGCUGGCGCUGCUGCUGCACCCCGACAAGAACCCCGAGGGCCUGCAGGGGCGGUGCAAGGAGGCGCUCGUGCGCGUCCAGGAGGCCCGGGAGGCUCUGGAGAAGGCCGCCCCCGCGGGCGAUGCCGGCGACGAGCGGCGCGGGCGAGGCGGAGAUGCCGGCGCCGCCGCCGCGGCUCCGCCCGCCGAUGCCGGGGGGCAGGGCGCGCACGCUCCGAAGAAGCGGCGGCGGGCGGCGAGCUCGCGCGUGGGCAGCGACGGCCUGCCGGAGGACCUUGGGGCCCACGCGCAGCAGCGCCCGCGCGAGAGCUUCGGAGAUGACGUGGGCGCCUUCGUCGCACACGCGCUGCUGCACUGCCUGCACGCGUGGCGGGAGUCGGGCCCCCACGCGGGCAGGGGCGCCCUGCCGCCCGAGGCCGCGCUCCAGGAGACCGCCCGCGCCGUGACGUCGCUGAGGCAGAUCCUGGAGGGGGGCGCUCUGGGGGGCGCGCCCCUGGCCAAGCUGGAGCGCAUGUGCUCCAGCCUGCUCGCGCGCGAGCACGCCGCCGCGAGCCAGGUCCCCUCCCUGCUCGAGGCGGGCUGCAGCUGGGGUGGCCGCGCUGCGGGCGUGGAGCGGGGGCGGCUGUUCAAGCAGGCGCGCACCGCGCAGCGGCUGAACAGCGAGAGGAAGGCGAACGCCACGCUGCUGGACGACGAGGACGUCAAAGGCUACCUGACCUGCCUGAAGCGGCUCCUCACGGUCGCGCAGGAGCUGAAGCCGAACGACGAGCCCUCCAAGAACUGCCUGUGA